GGACUCCCCGCGCAGGCUUAACGCUGCAGGCAGAGGCAGAGUUAUCCUGAUAGGAGCGACGGUCCCGCUCCCACCGGACCGGAUAAGAUUUGGAGCCCAAGUGGGCCGAACCGAGCCUGGAUGGACUAAUCGGGCGGGAUUUAAACAGCGGGAAUUGGACUUCAACUGCGACGCGAAUAUUGUUGGAUCCACACUUGGAGCCUAACGGAGGACAACCAUGCAGUAUUGUACCCUACAACAAAUUCCGGUCUGGACUUCCUCCCAGGUCCAGCAGGGUGGUUCCCAGCUUAUGCAAGAUGUCUCACAAACCCAGCAGACCUGGAACACAAAUGUCAUUAAUGAGUACAACGGCCCCAACUCCAGAGUCCAGCCGCUCCAAAGUUUUAGCGUGGUGCACAGUCAAGCCCAUCUUUGCAGACAGACGACAAAUCAGAACAGUGCUGGAGUCACUCCUUCAGUCCAAUAUGCUAAAAAAAAAGACGCAUCUCCCUUAUUGGUUUCUUUGUUACGUGAAAAACCUUUGCAAAAUGACAAUCAGACUUUAGCCAGUCAGAGCCCUUCCAGCACAAUCAGCAAAAACACAACCCCCUCGCAGCACGUAUCAGUCGAGUGGCAGCAAUACAACGCUUCUUCGUACUCCCAACACAGUGGUCCUCAGCAAGGUUGCUACCAGAGUUCAAACAGCGGCGUGGCGGGACCCACGUCUGCCUUAGACUCUCUUCAUCCCAAAACAUCCUCGACAGAAAGCUCAUUCUACCAACAGAGUGAUUAUGGGCAGAAUUCCAGCCCAAACAGCACACAGGGAUACUCUACAAGGUACCCAGCAAAUGUUGGGAUACUAACACAUCAGUCUGCAGCAAACAGCUGCAUGACCAUCUCACCAGUUUAUACACAACUCUUGUAUCUUCCCAACAGAAAUCUCCAAACAAAUCUGCAUAGUGGUCAAUUAAGUGCCAUGCAAGACAAUUCGGAAACUGUCUCCAGCAACCUCAAUUAUUAUCGUCCUCCCCCUCCUCCUUAUAGAUUCAACCAUUUGUCCAAUCAGAUAGUACAGUCUCCAGCUACAGUUUUGAAUAAAAACUGUAAUGGGAAUGUGGCCCAACUCCCACCUCUCCAGCCUAAAAUGCCUCAAAGUGUCAGUCCUGGCACUGUGUUGUUUCUGCCCCCACAACCAUCUUUUCCAAAUAAAGCCAGCGUUGGAUCAGCAAUAGCCGGGAGUGGAGGGGGUCAGUUGGUCCAUGGUUCACCUCCCAAUAAUAAUAUAGUCCCAGAAAGAAACCCAGUUACAUCUUUAAGUAAGGGAUCUCAAGCGGUUCAGACACUGGUUAGUAGGUCAUCACAAACAAAUUCAAAAAACGAGGUCAUAACACAGAUUAAGCGCUGGCUUGAAGAAUUACCUGCAACACUUUCACAAAAGCUGCCCUCAAGAGCAGUUGCUGUUGUCCAACCAUUAUCACAGGAGAAAGCGAACAUCUCCACAAACACUACAAGCAGGGACCCUUUGAUCAACCCACAGAAAGGAUGUGUUUUACCCACUGGGGUUGAAAACGGUACCAAAACCCUUGAUGUUGGUUCUGACAUAGAACAUCCAACCACAAAACGGUCCAACAAAGUGGUGCCAAACACAAAUACUGGAAGAGUAAAUUCAGGAUCGAAACGACGACAAUCGGUGCAAGAAUCAGAAGUGAGGAACAGAAAAAGUCCUCAGUGUUUAUCCAAAGAACACCUGGGGAGAAAAAAGGCAAAGGCAUCGCCUUCACUAGCGCCUGGUGCUGGUCUUUCUUCUCUCCCAACAACCACUUGGACCGCCGCAGCCUUAAAGGAUUUCAUACAAGAAACAGAGAAGUCGCAGGUGAUACCGGCAGAUUCCCCGAGUGGUCUACAAGUCAAACUUCAACAUAUGUAUGAGGAGAUCGUCCACCAAAAUGUCAAUAAUGGCAGUUGGAAAAAAAAUUUUCUUCCAGAUGUUAAACAUUUCUGUGAUCAGCACGUCACUCCGGACACUGUGGUGCUGUCACAAGUAAAGGAUGGGUUUAAAGAGCAGCUUAAACAUUAUCACGUCCUUGGUGAUGGGAUGUAUUCGGAACAGCCUUACAAAUCGCUCUGGCUAAAUGUCAACGAGAAGCUUGAUGACAUAGACAAGGAAUUUGGCUUUCCUUGGCCUUUGAGGCGUCAUUUUUACGUGGAUGAGAGCGACAGCCAGAAAGAUGAGAAAAAUCAGUACAACCUUUGCAAACCAACUAUAAAUGAAGUUCCAGAAAGAGUCCUGUCAGUCUCUGAAGUUGGGAAAGACCAAACAUCUAAUGUCCAGUCCCCUGUGACUCCAACAGCACCAGAUUCAGCGGAAGAAGAUUCCACUGACCCAAAUUACUUAUUUAAAAUUGAAGUUUUGACUCCAGAAGAAGCAAAGGCUUUUUAUGAGGAAGUUCAAAAAGACAAUCACAGUACAGGUGGUCAGAAAGAGAUUGCUGAGAUUGACCAGAAGAAGACCAACCCUCCCACAGAAGCCACAUCUACAGGAUCAGAUGCAGAAAACCUGUCAGUUGAUCCAAUUGACCUGAUUUGCUGCCUUGGAACGUUUAUGGAAAGGAAUUUGGCAUUAAACACUCCGACUGUGAAAUGUCUAUGCAAGGAAAAACAGGAAGAGUGUAAAAGUACAGAUGAAGAAAGUACAGACAAGGGCCCCGAUUCUGACCCAGAGAUACAGGAAAUUGUUGUGGAAGAUGAUUGUGAAAGAAGUGAUGAAGACCUUCCCACUCAGUUGUGCCAAAUUAUUGUUCUGACAGACGAUGACACUCUUGACUCUCCCAUUAUUGAAGAGCCAAUCACCGAGCCCAGCAUGACGGUUGACCAUCCGUCAGACGUUGAUAUGACAAGCGGCCCAGAAGACAAUGAACCCUCUGACUCUUUCGAGGAGAUCCCUAACUUGGUCAUUGGAUUAUCUGAACCUCAAGAAGAAUUUUCAACAGAGGAGACCACUUCCUCGCAAAUCUCACCGUCAAACUCUUCUGACGAUUGUACCAAACAUGCGGAACCUCUGAAGCUCAGUAGUCCUGCGGCCUCAGUUCCCCUCCAAACACCAGAAGAGGAGGACAAAGAUGAACAAACGUCUUCUAAAUCUGAUGAUGAGACACGUGUAGAAAUUAAGAAUCCGGCUGACAUUAGUCUUAAAACAAACUCCAAGAAAUUAAUUGGAUCCCGUUAUAGAAAUGUAACAUCUGAAAUGAAACAAAGAAGCCUCUGUACCCUUUUACCACCCUUAAAGGAAGUUCAAGAUUCAACCUCAGAAAAUAAAUCUGUGAAACUAGUAUUAUUUGGCUCUACUAACCAGGAGAAAUGUGGUUCACCUGCAUUUAAAAUGAGCCAUCUUUCCUCACCAACACUGGGGUCUGCUGGAGCACAGCAACCUCCACAAGUUGUUUCUGUAAAUGUUAAAUCUUCCAGGAAGAACCCUGAGGAAGCAGCCUACAGCAGGAAACCCUCAGUCAAGCAAUUAAUUUAUGAAAAAUGGAGUAAAAGCUUUCCAAGUUGUUACAGAAACAAAACAAAGAAGAAGAAGAAGAAGAAACAGCAGAAUUGCUCUGAAAUGACAGACUCUGAUGGAAAGAAAAUGGUCUCUCUGAGACGGAAAAGGACAAAAUCCCUCCCCAGCGCCGUUGGGGUUAAAGAGGCUAAGAGGAGAAAAUACAGCGUCUCUCUUGAACAAACUGCUCCUAUGGAUCAAAGGAACACAGAUCAUGAAGUGCCACUCCAGGACAACAUCAUCUUGAAGUUCAGCAUGUUGCCCAGUACCUUCAGCUUCAAGGAAGGGGUCAACGUCGGGACGGAAAGCAGCAAUGGAGUUUCAGGUCAGACAGAAACUGUGAUUAACAACCGGAGCCCAGGAGAUGUAGUCAAAACCAUCAAGUCCAACAAAGACCGCUGGUGUCAUCCUCCCGAUCAGCAUUCUGAGCCUCUGAAGAUUCUCAAGAACUCCAACCUCUUUGAAGAGUAUCAGAAGAAAUAUCAGGAGAAGAACCAGACUUUGACCAACAAAUAAAUCCUAAGACGACCUUCAUUUUGCAGAACUGUGUUUUCUUCAUUUGAAUGUCAUUCGUCAAAUCUUUGGGCUAUACUUGACAAGUUUUUACCUCUGUAAAAGUUUCACUCACUUUUUGAGCGUCUUACUCAAACUUUGUUACAGUAUUAACCAAACAUGCAUGUUAUACUUACACUAACAAAAUACCAUGAAGUAUUUCUGUUUAUUGUUGUUUUGAUACAAAGAAUAUCUAUUUUUUUAUGUCCUUUUUUUAUUUUUUAGGUUGACAAAGACAUUCUUGCUCCUUUUGAUGUACAUCAUAAAAAACAUCUUUACAAACAGA